UUUUAUUAACUACAUGUGUUUUCGGUAAACAUAGAGAAAAAAACCGAUACGGAUUAUCACACGUAUUUUCUUAUUUUAAACUCGGUAAUGAUGCUACAACUAACUCAAACUUGACUAAAAACACCUAAUAAAAUGUUAAAGCCGAAAUUAACAAGUUUACUUACCUAAAACAAAGAAAAUUUGGAUUAUAAAACUUCGUACACACCACUUCAACAACGCUGUCGGCCAUUUGUAAUUUCUCAAACCGAACAUCAACGAACAAGUUGGAAAAGACCAAUCACAACAAAGUAAGAAUCACGUGGUUAAUAACUGGGGUUUGUCAAAAACAACUUGGGUUUCAACGCAUGCUAGAUUUAUUUUACUGUUGCCUGUUGUCAAAUUCCCCUUAUACCCCCCUGAUUUUAGUAUUUCGCGUUUCCGAGGCAACUUCAUGUGUUAUUUUUUCAUUUGCGUCAUAGAAAAAUAAAAUCAAAUUUUAGUUCGCCAUUAAUUUGUCAAAAACUUUAAAUUUAACGUAAUUAUGAGUAAAACAGCUGUGGGAAGCAGUAAAACAGCUGUGGGAAGUAGCAAGACAGCAGUGGGAAGUAUUAAGGAUAAAGAUAAGGAUAAAGGUGAUAAGGAAAAGGAAAAAAGGGGGAUUGUUGAUAUUUACGAUGAGGAAUUUUUUCUUAACCUAAAAUUGGCCAAAAAUCUUAUCAAUGAAAUGAACUCUGACACAGACAAGGGGAUUUGUCGAAAGUGGUUGGCCCGACUGUGCCACAUGAAGUCUUCAGACCCUUUGGUGAAGAAAAACAGAAACGAGUUUUUUAUGUAUUUGUUGCAAAUGAUGAAACUGUAUCUGGACAGGCAGAAGACCUUACCUGGUGAAAAGAGCGAAGACGGCGGUGGCAAAGGGUGUGGAUGUAAAAAAGACUACAUGUGCAAAUGGUCCCCGGACAAACGCACAUACAUCGCAAUGAAACCUCUACCGGGAAAAGGAGCCCUAAUCUACAUGGCCGUAGCCAGAGAGCCCGAACUGGGUUGGGAACAUCAAUAAAUAAAUAGUACGGUGUAUCGAAAAAAAAAAAAUAAAGUCCUACUCACCAACUAAACUUAACUAUUUUCUUUAUACAAUCUUUCUAACGACGCUUUCUUCCGUUAGUUUUACCCGUUUUGCCUUUCCUUUGCCCCUUCCCGCUUUUAGGUUUCGGGUUCGAUCGUUUUUUGCCGCCUCGGCCCGCUUUCGGCCUCUCGUUUUUCUUCUCUUCGGAUCUCCUUGAAAAAAAAAAAAACAAACGCGUAAAGACGGCAAAUUAAUCGACGAAAUCGACUCACUCCACUUGUUCCUGGUUGAUUUGCCGGGCCACCGCCUUUUCGAUGUCGAUCUUGGGCUUCUUGUUCAGCACGCUCUCGACGAUGUUCAGAUUUUCGCUGCGCUCCUGCGUGCCGGAAACGGGCGGCAACUUCCGCUUUCUCGAGGCGCCCGGCGUGAUGGCGGCCACGCCCCUCGCUUCUUUCUCCUGCGGCAACUUGUCCUGGAACUUGCCCAGACUUGCCGUCGACGCUUUGGCUACCGUAACAGCCGCUUGCAACUAA